AUGUGCAAAGACGAGCCAUCAGGAAGCACCGCAGGUGACGACGGCGUGGCCUCGACACGCACCCAUCUCUCGAGUGCGAGUGUCACGUCUGACAGCGGGUCCAGCGGAUGGAGCUCAAGACUACCUUCACCAGAUCCUAUCAUUUCGGACCCAUCCUUGACACCCGGCCGGCGUAUCCCCCGAAGUCCUCUUGCUCCUCUGUCCCAUGCUGAGAGUUUGAUGGACAUGCAAAUCCCUCAACCGUCGGGGUUACUUCAGCUUGGCAGGAAACGGGACAUCGAUGAGGUAUUCGACGAUAGCACGCCGCCGUCACCCGAUAAGCUACAACACGAGCUCGAUCAGCAGCAUCAUGAGGCCAGGGAGGCCAUGAAUGCAAGUCGCAGGUUGACGACGAAUACAUCGGCGCCUCUUGACACCCAACCGCAAGCCCAGGUGCCAGACAGCAAGCGGCGCAAGACACUCGCCUACCGAGUCAAGCCUCCUAUUCGCAGUGCUAGCCCGCACUCCGGGCAUGGCUCCGAGCAUGGCCACGAGAAUGACAGCGACCGCCAGAACACGGUCGAACGACAAGCCAGCCACGAAUCAAACUCUCCAAGAAACGGUUGA